AUGCCCACACUAAUCAGUACUCUCCGCCCAUGCGGGGCACCGGAGCGACGACGCGAAUGCCUCUACUAUCUGGCCCUGGGCAACUUCAAGCUAGGCAACUACGGCGAGGCUCGACGAUACAAUGAUCUACUUCUCGAAAAAGAGCCGGCAAACCUCCAGGCUGCAAGCCUUGGGUCUCUGAUCAACGACAAGGUCGCCAAGGAGGGCUUGAUGGGCGUUGCCAUUGUGGGCGGCUUGGCUGUUGUGGCGGGUGUGGUUGGUAGUCUGGUUCUCAAAGGAGCUAGAAGACGUUAA